AAUGGUGGGGAUUACACAGCCGAAACCCGGGGAGCAUGUAAACGCAGAUGGAGUUUGGGAUUUAUUGCAAAAUAAGGGAAAGAUGACCGUCUUCUCGUUGUGCUUGCUCUUGUGCGCAGACCUACUGGAUUUAGCCGUCGGAUAUUUGACAGUUACCAUAGAGCCCCUGCCUCCUGUUGUUGUCGGAGAGACUGUUACUCUCAAGUGUAACUUCAAAACUGACGGAAGGCUUCGAGAGAUUGUUUGGUACAGGGUCACAGAUGGAGGUACCAUCAAGCAGAAAAUCUUCACCUAUGAUGCUAUGUUUAAUACCAAUUACUCUCACAUGGAGGAUUACCGCAGACGUGAAGACCUUGUGUACCAAUCAACUGUCCGGCUCCCAGAGGUACGGAUCUCAGACAACGGGCCUUAUGAAUGCCACGUGGGCAUCUAUGACAGGGCGACGAGGGAGAAGGUUGUCCUGGCUUCAGGGAAUGUUUUUCUUACUGUUAUGUCACCUCCAAACAACAUAUCAGUGGUGGCCGAGAACACCCCAGCCCCAUUCAGUCGAUACCAAGCCCAGAAUUUCACUCUGGUCUGCACUGCAAAGGGAGGGAAACCAGCCCCAUCGGUGUACUUCAAGCGGGAUGGCGAGCUGAUAGAGGUGAUCUCCUACACUCAACCCUCCACCUACGAGCAGGGAGGCGGCUCAGCGGGGGUGAGAGGAGCCAGGCCGCUCAUCAGCAGGGACCUUGAUGACACUAAGCUCCAGCGGUCCCUUUCCCUUCUGGACCCCGAAGGGCGCUCGGCCCAUCUGUACACAGAGAGCCCCCAGCGUGUCCACACUCAGGGCCAGCAGGCCUACGAGCCCAGCCCCGCGACAGAGGUCAUCCCAGAGACAGUGGUGAGCCGGGAGUUCCCCCGCUGGGUGCACAGCACGGACCCUCUCUACUACUUCAGCCACACUCACAUCCCCCAAAGUGACGGCUCUGUAGUGGUGCAGGCCCGACUCACCUGGACCCUCAACCCUCAGCUGGAUAAUGACGCUCUGUUCAGCUGUGAAGUCAAGCACCCAGCACUGUCUAUGCCCAUGCAGACAGAGGUUACCCUUGCUGCUCCUAAGGGUCCUAAACUCUUGAUGUCCCCCAGUAGGGCAAAGGUAGGGGACACGGUGCGCAUCACUGUGCAAGGAUUCCAGGUAGGAUCGCCUGGGAAUGAGGUGUUCCCUGAGCCCCUCUUUACCUGGACGCGGGUGGGGGGCCGCCUGCUAGAUGGCAGCACCGAGCGAGAGGGGAAGGAGCUGAUUCUGGAGAGAGUGCCAGCCGAGCUCAACGGCUCCAUGUAUCGCUGCACGGCCCAGAAUCCUCUGGGCUCCACGGAUACGCACACUCGCCUCAUAGUCUUUGAAAAUCCAAGCAUGAUGAAAAACACACAGAAUCAGAACAAUGGAGCCUCCCGCAUGGAUGUGCUCGGACUAAUGUGGAUCGCACUUGUCCUCACAGUGACAGUGGAACUGACGUGAAACCGCUCAUCCAAGACACUCUCACACA